AUGCGUUUCGCCAAAGCUCUGGCCAUCACGGCCGUGCUGCUGACUGGCGUAGUUGAAGCCACCUCUGAUGCCGUUAUUGAGGAAGCCCUGAAGGCCCCUACUAUCAACCCACUGCCAGGACCGGUAACCUGGUACCUUCACGCCGAAGAAGGCCGCAAGUACCUCGCUCCCUUUGUCUCAUACCACGGACCGCACCAGAGUGGCAUCAGGGAUGCAUGGGAAAGAUGCUACGACACUAUUCGUCGCCUUAAAUGGUAUCCGCAUGCACUUGAGGGCCCCAUCCCCAAGUUCGACCCGUUCCCUGGCCAGGCCUCCAAGCCCAAAGAAAAGAGACAAAAUGCUCCUCACGGUGCCAUGAUCAGAAGGGUUUCCGUCAAAGUCACGGAUGUCAAUGCAAAGCUGGCUCAUAAAGUAGAUGAAUCCUACAGCUUGACGGUCAGCGCAAGGUCCGAGACCAUCGAAAUCGAGGCCAAAACUCCCUGGGGAGCUCGCCAUGCUUUCACCACUCUGCAGCAGAUUGUCGUUUACGACGAUAAGACCCGGCAGUUUUACAUCGAGAGACCUUUCACCAUUAGUGAAGGCCCUCAGUACCCUAUUCGGGGCAUCCUCCUCGAUUCUGGCCGUAACUUCAUCUCCCCAAGUAAAAUCAAGGAGCAGAUCGAUGCCAUGGCUCUGUCAAAGCUAAACGUCCUCCACUGGCACAUCACUGACACCCAGUCCUGGCCCCUUGAGGUCAAAACUUAUCCUAAGAUGACCGAGGAUGCCUAUUCAAAGAGUAUGGUCUAUUCCCACGCAACUGUCAGGGACAUCAUCAAGUUUGCUGGAGACCGUGGAGUCCGCGUCAUCCCCGAGAUCGACACACCCAGUCACUCCUCCUCUGGCUGGAAACAGAUCGAUCCUGACCUAGUGGCUUGUGGAAAUUCCUGGUGGUCCAACGAUUUCUUCCCACAUCACACUGCUCUCGAGCCCAACCCAGGGCAGCUUGACAUAGCCUAUAACAAGACUUAUGAGGUGCUCCGGAAGCUCUACAAAGAAGUUACUGACCUCUUUGAGGACGAAUUCCAUCACCUCGGUGGUGAUGAACUGCAGCCGAAUUGCUACAAAUUCAGCAAAUAUGUCACCCAAUGGCUCGCCGAACAUCCAGGUAAGUCUAUGAGUGACUUGCUCCAGGAAUACGUUGACAAGACCAUCCCGGCUCUCGAAAAAAUCAAACACCGCCGUUUCAUCUAUUGGGAAGACAUGCUCCUCUCUGAGCAUAUCCACGCUGAGAGGAUUCCAAAGAACAUCGUCAUGCAGACCUGGAAUAACGGACUCGACAACAUCAAAAAGCUUACCUCCAGGGGCUACGACGUUAUCGUCUCUUCUGCUGAUUUUUUCUACCUCGACUGCGGCAAUGGUGGCUGGGUCAGCAAUGACCCCAGAUACAACGUCAUGAAAAAUCCCACUCCCGGAACCCCCAACUUCAACUACGGCGGCGACGGCGGCUCUUGGUGUGCCCCGUACAAAACCUGGCAACGUAUCUAUGACUACGAUUUCACCUCUGAACUCACCGGGCCGGAGAAGGAGCAUAUACUAGGUGGUAUCGCGCCUCUCUGGUCAGAACAGGUAGAUGAUGUUAACAUCAGUCCCAAAUUCUGGCCCCGCGCCGCUGCGCUUGCCGAACUGCUCUGGUCCGGCAACCGUGACAAAGAGGGCAAGAAGCGAACAUUCCUUAUGACUGCCCGUAUAAACAACUUCAGGGAAUAUCUUGUUGCCAACGGUAUCGGCGCCGCGCCACUACAGCCCAGAUACUGUCUCAAGCAUCCACAUCACUGCGAUCUUUACAGUGACCCCAACGCAGUUCUUGGUUAG